GCAACAUCAACAUCAACACCAAUACCAAUCACCCUCACCCACCGGGACAAAUGUCCGUGCGGCGGCGGCGGUAGUGGUGGUCUACUUCUUUACUUUGGAAAAUCAUUGUGGCAUUCAGAAAAGAAAAUACCCUUAGACCCUGGAUUUUCUGACACUGCUGGAAUACUGAGGGGUUGUGAUUUACAGCAGUCACAAUGAGGCGAAGCUCAAGUAUUGCUGGAAGCAGCAGCCGACAAUCUAUGAUGGCACUGAGAGUGGAGGACAGCAACAAGAUGGGUCUUCAAACACCUCAGAUGAAGGACAGAAGCACCCUUGGGAAGCAGAGUAUGAGCAAACCUACAUCUGGAGCUUCAGAAAGAAAAGUCAGCUGUUUUGGGAACAGAGCAAGUGGGGCUGGAGGGUCCCGCAGCAGCCAGUACAGUGUGUUUGGGACAGAAAAGAUAAAGGAUCCCAGACCCCUUCAUGACAAAACAUUCAUCCAACAAUGUAUCAAGAAGCUUUGUGAGUUCCUCCUUGAGAAUGGUUACACCCACAAUGUUUCCAUGAAAUCUCUACAAUCUCCAUCAGUUAAGGACUUUUUAAAGAUCUUCACCUUUAUCUAUAGAUUCCUCUGCCCUUCUUAUGAACUGCCUGACUCAAAAUUUGAGGAGGAAAUUCCCAAAGUUUUUAAAGAUCUUGGGUACCCCUUUGCCCUGUCAAAAAGCUCCAUGUAUACUGUGGGCGCACCACACACCUGGCCUCAGAUUGUGGCAGCUUUGGUUUGGUUAAUUGAUUGUGUCAAGCUGUACAAUGCGAUCAGGGAAAACCCACCAUCGUUUGAUGAUGCACAGAACUGGGGAGGAGAGGUGGAUGAUGGAAUUGUACAUCAUAAGCUUUUCAUGGACUACUGUGUGAAGUGCUAUGAUCUUUUCAUGCAAGGGAGAGAUACCUUUGAAGAGUUGGAUGCUGAAGUGCAGUCAAAAUUAAAGGAUUUAUUUAAUAUAGAUCAAGUCAAGAUGGAAAGUUUAGCAGCUGAGAACAAAAGACUCCAAGAAGAGAUUGCAAGACUAGAAAAAGAGAAGGAAAGCGAGCCGGAUCGUAGAGUAACGCUACGAAACGUGAAAUCAUCUCUUCAAGGAGACGUCCAGAAAUAUCAGGCUUAUUUGGCUAGUCUGGAAUCUCAUAUAGCCAUCCUUGAUAAAAAAUUGGAAAGUGUUAAUGAUGAAGUUGAGACAGCAGAAAUGGAAGUAGAAGCAAUGAAGCAGGAGAAUGCCCGGCUCCGGCACGUCUUAGAUAACCAAAAGUACUCAGCUGCGGACAUUGAGAGACUAAAUCACGAGAGAAAUGAGCUGCAGCAAACCAUUAACAAGCUGACCAAGGAACUGGAAGCAGAAGAACAUCUGCUGUGGAAUGAAGAGAUAAAAUAUGCUAGGAAUAAAGAGGGGAUUGAAAUGCAACUGGCGGAGUAUCAUAAACUGGCUCGAAAAUUGAAAUUAAUUCCAGUAAGUGCUGAGAAUUCCAAAGGCCAUGACUUUGAGAUUCAGUUUAAUCCUGAGGCAGGACCAGAUUGCUUAGUCAGAUACAGAACUCAGAUCAAGGCUCCCCUCAUGGAGAUCAUGAAUGAGACUGAGGAGGAAAUCUGUAAAGCUACUCAACGGAAAAUGACUUUGGAAGAUACUUUGGACCAGGUGAAUGUAAUGCUAGAGGAAAAGAAACGCAAUGUGAAAAUGCUGACAGAAGAAGCUGAAAAGCUGGAUGAUCUUUACCAGCAGAAGCUUAAGGAGAUAGAAGAGGAAGAGCAAAAAUGUGCAAAUGUACGGGAAUCAUUAGAAAAGCAUAAACAGUUACUUGAGAGUGGUGUCUAUGACGGUCUCAGUGAAGCCACAAAUGAAUUGCAUGAUCUCCAACUACAAUAUCAAGUUGUUCUGCAAACAACAACAGAAGAGAAGAGGAAAAUUGGUGAUAACUUGAGUCAUCUUAUAGAAACAGUUGCUAAUCAUAUAGCAUCUAUAGUGAAAUACCUUGAUGAACAGAAUGUGAAAAUUCACAGAGACUAUGAAGAAUUCAUGUCUGAAGAUCUAUUGUCAAACUUGACCAGCAUCCUAGACAGCUAUAAAAAGAAGGCUGAAAGUCUCUAAUCACUAGAAGGAUGGAGAUAAAAAUGUUGCAUUUCUGAAGCUCUUGUAUGGUGCCUUCUAAAAGGAUGGAUACUACCUGUAUUUAGCACUGAAACUGGUUUUAAGUGGAAGGAAGUAGUUAUGAACAUUCUUUUUGUUGACACAAAUGCAUUAAAGAAUUAAACAACAUAUUUUCAUUUUCUUAAGAAAGGCUUUGCUCAGACUUUGUACUUGCAAUAGCAUGUGUAUACAUUUAGGGCACGUGCAUGACAGACAGUUCACAUCCUUCUCCAAGGUUUAUUUUACUAACAAGACAAAAUGUAAAUGUCUGUCUCCUGCUUGUUCAGUUACCUAUGAAACUGCACAGAGACACCUCUUACAUGAGUAAAAAAUCAAAACCUCUUUUGAAAAGAAAACAAGACUCCUUAUAUAGUAGUCUUGUAAAUAGUCUAGAAAAAGAAACAUAGUAGUUUGAACACCAAGUUUUGUCUUUAGUUGCUCAUACUCCCAGAUGAAACUUCACUGAACAUCUUGAAUAUGUGUACCAGAGAAAGUUCUAAGUAGGACAUCAUAUGAAUUCUUGGUGUUUAUCUAAUGAGUUAGAUUUGGUUCAUGUUAGAUACAUCAAAAUGGUCUAAAAUGUCUGUAUUCUUGUUAGGCCACUUGGACAGACUCUAUUUGACUUCUCUUCCUCAAGAAAGUAACAGUGAAAUCAGUGUAUGGGCAGCUUUGGUCUAAAAUACUUUGAAGA